AUGUUUCUUCUCACUCCCCAACCGAGCUGUAAGCAAAUGACAUGGGAACGGAUCCCACAUCUCUUAGCUCUUGGGAGUUCCUGUAAUGCUUUGCAGGAGAGCAUGACUGCCCUCCUGCCGCUGCUGCUGGGCCUCAGCCUGGGCUGCACCGGAGCAGGAGGCUUUGUGGCCCACGUGGAAAGCACCUGUCUGCUGGAUGACGAUGGGACUCCAAAAGAGUUCACAUACUGUAUCUCCUUCAACAAGGAUUUGCUGACCUGCUGGGAUCCCCUGCAGGCCAGUAUGGUCCCUUGUGAAUUUGGGGUACUGAACAGCUUGGCCAAAUACCUCUCAGAUUACCUCAACCAUAAGGAAAACCUGAUCCAACGCUUAUCCAAUGGGCUGCAGGACUGUGCCACACACACCCAGCCCUUCUGGAGAUCUCUGACCCACAGGACACGACCGCCAUCUGUGCAAGUAGUUAAAACCACUCCUUUUAACACGAGGGAGACUGUGGUGCUGGCCUGCUACGUGUGGGGCUUCUAUCCAGCUGAUGUGACCAUCACGUGGAGGAAGAACGGGCAGCUGGUCCUCCCUCAUGGCAGCGCCUAUAAGAUCAUCCAGCCCAACGGAGACUGGACAUACCAGACCGUCUCCCAUUUGGCCACAACCCCCUCUUUUGGGGACACCUACACCUGUGUGGUACAGCACACUGGCACUCUUGAACCCAUCCUUCAGGACUGGACCCCUGGGCUGUCGCCAGUGCGGACAGUGAAGGUUUCCGCGUGCGCUGUGACUCUGGGCCUGGGCCUCGUCAUGUUCUCUGUUGGUUUGCUCAGCUGGCGGAGAGCUGCCUCCUCUGGUGAGUGA